AUGGAGGACACAAAUGCUUUUUCUAUAAAGGCACAGCUGUAUCUAGCUCUUGGGAGCCUUCUUUCCGGUGCAGUUUUGGUGGUUUACCUUGGCUCUCGGCGACUUUUACAUUACACCCUUGAAAAAAGGGGAAAAAAUCACAGCUUUGAGGAGGUCCUACAUACUGAUGAUACAUUGGCUUUGCCUUUUAUGGGAUCAAUGGUACUCUUUCUCGCAUAUGUGCUUUUACGUUUUAUCCCUUUAGAUUAUUUCAAUGCAGUGAUAUCCUUUUAUUUAAGCAUUAUUGGUAUUCUUUCCUUGGGGUCCUUUCUAAAAGCCUACAUAAACCCAAGCUUUUUUACAGGAAUUUUUUGCUGUGCAGUGGGAGGAGUAUACUAUAUGACCAACAGUUGGUUGGCGAACAACCUAUUGGCUAUAGCCAUUGGUGUCCGGGCUAUUGGCUCUGUUCAUUUAGGAUCAUUUCAAAGUGCGUUUGUGAUGCUGUUGGGUUUGUUUUUUUAUGACAUUUUCUGGGUUUUUGGAUCUGAUGUAAUGCUUACCGUGGCAGGUGGAAUUAAUGGUCCUAUUAAACUCGUUUUCCCUCGCACAAUUUUUGGUGAUCAUAAAGCAGUGAGCCUUUUGGGACUGGGUGAUCUUAUUGUUCCAGGAUUCUUUAUUGCACAAACACUCAUUUUUUCUAUGGAGUAUGUGAAGCGAGGCACAUUUUAUUUUAAUAUUGCUCUUGUUGCCUAUACAAUGAGUCUUAUGAAUACAAUGGCUGUUAUGAUCUUUUUUGAACAUGGGCAGCCAGCAUUGCUUUUUAUUGUACCUUGGUUACUCAUUGCAUUUUUUUGGUGCAGUUGCAGUAAAAGGCGAUUUAAAGUCAGUCUUUGCCUACACGUCUGA